UGGGAGUGCUUCGAUGUCACAAUUGAAUUGCACAGUGAGGAUAUGAUGUAUUACCAGGUUUGAUAUUGGAGUAACCAGAUCAGAUUUCUCUUUCAGCGUACAGUCAAUGCAGCCCGCUGAAGGAGCUUGGAGUUUGAGCAGAUGAGAGAAAGCCUUGGGGGGCGAGUUCACAGUCUCGGCGCAAAAAGAUCAAGAUGAGAGCGUGCUGGGUGCUCAUGAUGCUCCUGAGCUGCAGGUUAUUUCACACCACCAAGUUCCAGGACGCCUGCAAAGACCAGAUACAAAUUGUCUGUGUGCCUGCCGGAGACAACGUGUCUGUGCCCUGCCCGAAGUUGACCGGCCAACACGUGACAUUCGACCUUUACCAAGACGAUGAAGUGAUCUACAACCAAAUGUACAUCCGUGACAAGCAGGCACCCACCUGUAAACCGAGAUACACCAGGGCUGGCGUGGAAGUGCGUGAAAACACGGACAAUGAAUCGUUCAGUUUCACGCUCACCGGGGUGAAUGCCAACAGCUAUGGUAUCUACAGGUGUGAGGGCACAGACAUGUUCCCUCCUCCCUUCAGGAGAAGUACUCUGUGGAUGCUAAUGCUUGUGGAAGGACACCAAUGCAACUUCAACAAUGUCUCCAUAACACCUAAAGCAAGUGGAGAUCAGAAAGAUGGAUUCCUCUGGAUUUGGAUUCUGGGGCUGGUAUUUCUUUGCAUCUACAGCGUGAUCAUCACCAUCAUUGCCAGCAUCAUCUGGGUCAACUGGAGGAGGUCGGACUCCCAGAGUGACUACAUGAACACCAAACCCAAAGCACACAAGAACCGCAAGAAGAACAGAGGGGUUCAGAUCCCGAUACCACGACACUUCUGAUCACCCGUGCAUCUCAUCCCCGUUAGUUCAGACGCAAACACGGUGGGGGGGGGGGGGGGUUCCUUGCACCAGCUCGCCCUGGAUGGUGUAAUAUUAGGAGUCAAGUUUUCUUCAGUUCCUUUUUUUUGUAUUUCAGUACGAGUUAUGUGUCGACGUAGCGAAAGUAGCAGUUCUUUCUUUGGCAGUUGUGGUUUUAUAAAACAAUAAAAAAAGAGUGCACCCAG